AUGGAGCGGAUCUACAAUGCCAAGAGGUGUCCGGACGACAAUCGAUUGGCAUUCACAGAGUAUCUACUAACCGGAGAGGCUAGUCAUUGGUGGACUAGUAUGAAAAUGAUCUUAGCGGACGCUCAGAGUCCCAUGAUGUGGGAAGUCUUUGGGAGCAAGUUCUAUGAGGAGUAUUUCCCUGAUAGCGUCCGUUUUGCUAAGGAAGUGGAAUUUCUCCAGUUGGUGCAAGGCGGGAUGUUCGUAUCAGAGUAUACGAGCAAGUUCAAACACUUGGUUCGUUUCAACACCAUGGCUACGAGCGAGGAGUGGCAGUGCAGGAAGUUUGAGAAUGGGCUGAUAAGUGAUUUGAAGUUGUUGAUUUCCAGCUUGUGCAUAAAGUCUUUUCCUGCCAUGGUUCAGAGAGCUAAAGUAUUGGAGAAGAACGUGGCAGAGGUGGAACAACAGAAGAAACAGCUGCAACAGGCAUCUAGAGGGCCAAUAUCUUCCAGAAACAAUGUGAAUUCGAGAAGGGCACCUUAUGCUCGUCUAGCCUUACCAUCUACUUCUGGUGGGUCUCAGUCUCAAUCGUUAGUGGCUGCCAGUAGGUCUGGACAACAAGGGACCGUGACUUGCUUUCAGUGUGAAGGACCCCACUACCGUUCAUCGUGUUCUCAGUUGGCGGGAGGAAAAUAUGGCACUCGCUGUAGAAGGAAUGGUCAUCUGGAGAGUGAGUGUAACAUGGGAGGACGAGCGGUCAUGAGACCACCAAAUGUUGGAAGAGUUCAACAAGGGAGAGGUGGUCGAGCACAAGCAGUUGGGCGAGUUUAUGCUAUAACGGGCGCGAAAGCAGCAAGCUCAGCUGAGAGCGAGAUGCAGUUUGACUUGGUGGUGUCAACCCCAGCGGCUGAUGAGGUUAGGACGUCUACAGUUUGUGUUAGAUGUCCUAUUGAGGUUGAGGGACGUAGAUAUAAGGUGAACCUCAUUUGCUUACCUCUUCAAGGUUUGGAAGUGAUUCUAGGAAUGGAUUGGUUGGCUGUCAAUCGCAUUCUUAUAGAUUGUGGUGAGAAGAAGUUAGUGUUUCCGAGUGAAGAAGAAGAAGAGUGUCCUGUGACGCUCGGUCAGCUAAAGGAAGACAUCAUGGAGGGCGCUAGUUGUUUUCUGAUCAUGACGCAUUCAGAUGAAGAGUUUGAAGACUCAAGUCAUGGACGAUCGUCCAGUAAUAAACUGAGUGGAGGACGAUCGAUCGUAGAUGAAUUCCCAGACGUAUUUCUGGAUGAAGUACCUGGACUACCUCCUCCACGCGAGGUAGAAUUUACAAUCGACUUGGUGUCGACAGCAGGGCCCAUCUCUAUUGCACCAUAUCGAAUGUCACCAGCAGAGUUAAUAGAACUCAAGAAGCAGAUUAAAGAGUUGAUGGACAAGCAGUUCAUCAGACCAAGCGCAUCACCUUGGGGAGCGCCUGUUCUCUUAGUGAAGAAGAAGGAUGGCAGCUUUCGGCUUUGUGUUGACUACAGACAGUUAAACAAGCUGACCAUCAAAAACAAGUAUCUCCUGCCUCGGAUUGACGAUCUGCUGGACCAACUACACGGUGCUACCGUAUUCUCGAAGAUUGAUUUGAGAUCCGGUUAUCACCAAAUUCGGGUUAAGGAAGAGGACGUCCACAAGACUGCUUUCAGGUCUCGUUACGGACACUAUGAGUAUGUAGUGAUGCCAUUCGGUGUAACGAACGCACCAGCGUUAUUCAUGGAUUACAUGAAUCGUAUCUUUAGGCCGUACUUGCACAAGUUUGUGGUCGUCUUCAUUGACGAUAUCCUCAUCUACUCCAAGAACUGUGAAGAGCAUGAAGAACACUUGAGGAUAGUGCUGGACGUUUUAAGAGAAAAAGAGUUGUACGCCAAGUUAUCCAAGUGUGAGUUUUGGAUGAAGGACUGA